UAGUCAUCUGUGGCUUGUAGUUGCGUAGCUGGCAAGAUAUUUCGUUCUGUCAGUUGUCAUUCGGCAAAUCAUGCAUGUUCGAUUUGUUGCGUUGUGAACAAUUUGUGGAAUUUAAUUUAAAUAUUAUAUUUAUUCGAGUUUUAAUUAAUUAGUGUAGAAUAAAAUGGCAGAGACAGAACCCCAAGCCGGAGACACGGGGCCACCCAAGGGCAUCCCGGCCCUGAAGGCUCAUGUGAACGCCAACAGAGUGGACGUUGCCCUCUGGGCCAUCAGAGUCAUGACCGUCCUCUUCACCUUCGCAUAUGUACUGCCUUUGUUCAACAACCCAGUAUCAGCAUUCUACAAGGCGUUACUCGCGAACGCUGCGACCUCAGCCCUGCGGCUGCACCAACGCAUCCCGGCGCGAGAGAUCUCCAUCUCCCGGGAGUUCCUCGCGAGAUUCUUCCUCGAAGACAGCGCGCAUUACCUCUUCUACUCGCUCAUAUUCAUGAAUGUGGCGCCUAAUUUGUUGAUCCUGACACCAAUCUUCUUGUUCGCGCUACUGCACGCCGCGUCCUACUCGCUCACCAUUCUCGACACUCUAGGUCAGAACUCGAUGUGGGUGGCGCGGCUGCUGAUCUCGCUGGUGGAGUUCCAGUCGCGCAACAUCCUGCGCGCCGCCGCGCUCGCCGAGAUCGUGCUGUUCCCGCUCGUCGCCUUGAUGGCGCUUUUCGGCUACUGCGGCCUCCUCACCCCCUUCGUAUACUACUACUUCGUGACGUGGCGGUACGCGUCGCGCCGCAACCCUUACACGCGCAACACGUUCCGCGAGCUGCGCGUCGCCGCCGAGCGAGCCGCCGCCCGCCCCGCCCUCCCCGCGCCCCUCCGCAGCGCCGUCACCCGCGCCGUGCACCUCGUGUGCCGCAUGGCGCCGCCCAUGGACCACGUGCAGCAGUGAGUAGCUAACAUCCGCCCGCCCUCCCGCG